AAAAUAUUUUAUACUUAAGAGCUAUUCUUAUUAUAAAAUGGACAAAUCCUUUACCAGCGUUCACUCGAGUCCAGAUGCCGAAAUACAUGACAUACCUAUGAAUAUUUUAAUUAGACCAUUUCCAUCAUCUGUUGAUAAUGACAAAGUUGAAAGUCUGAUAAAUACUUUAAAAAAUGCAGAAACAGAAAACUUGGUACCACCAGUUGAUAUUCUUUGGAUUAAAGGUCGAAAUGGAGGUAAUUAUUAUUAUUCAUUUGGUGGAUGUCAUCGAUAUGCUGCACACCAGAAAUUAAAAAAAUCAACAAUUAAAGCAAAAAUUAUUGAAUCAACUGUAACAGAUUUAAAAAGUUACCUCGGAAACUCAAUACCUGACUUAAAGUAAUGCGAGUAUUAAUUUACAAUUAUUAAAUUAUAUCUGUAACGUUGUUGUGCAAAUUUUGUAAACGUUCGCUAAAAUGUGAAUUUUAAU